UCAACCAGCAACAGACAAAAAAUGUGGAAGCUAACCUUUUUACUGAUAGCGGCAAUUGCCACUAUCAACGCCUCUGAACUUGAAACUGGAGGUCAAAGGGAUCCAAAACUCUUCUUUGUAUCUUCUAGUACCUCUACAUCAAUCUCUACAACCACAUCUCUCCUAAGCACUACGUUAUCAUGCUACAUUUUGACUUCAGUUAAUUACAUGGCUUGCCCGGGCAGGAAGAAGAGAGCAAUUAAUUCUUGGAUCGAUGACAACGCCUUGACCGAUAUUGCCCUAGAGACCCCUAUUAAGAUAUCCCGGGCGGAGCGAGAUGUUGACGCGACUAAUAUUCAGUCCGCCAAAACUCCGACGACGGAGAAUCAGCGUGCAGCUAAGUUUGCCUGGUAUUACAUGACGACUACAGUGACAAGUUUAUCAACAUCUACAUCUACAUCAACUACCUACACAGCAACUGUUAGUAUAUCUCUAGUGAAUUGUACUCCAUCCGGAGCUUUUGUAGCUUGUGGAUAAACAGAGGAGUGUAUGAUUUUUAGGAAUCAAGGAAUUGACCACUCGCCUAAAAAUUCAAAAUUUCUGGAAAAUAAAAGGGUCGACAUCAUCAGGUUGCAAAGAUUAUGAUUUAAAUUUUGAGGCGAAUAAUAAUUUCCUUUUUAAAAAAAACAAUGACAAUGGUAAAAUUUAAAAAAAACAAUCAAAACUUUCCUAUCCUAUACCAGUUAAAGCAGACCUUCGUUGAACCAUCAUUUAAAAUGAUUUAGCUCAAACCCUUCUAGAACUAGGUUUGGGUUAAAUUCUCAUUUUAAAUCAUGUUUCAGCAAAGAGCUGCUUUAUCUGGUAUAGGAUAGGAAAGAAUUGAUUAUUUUUGAGAAAAAGUAAUUUACAGAAAAAACUAAAAAAACUUUUAUAAUGAUUUGGUUUCAUUUUGGAGGUUUCAUUUGCACCAGAAACAUUUUUCCAGUAAUACCAGUUUAAUAGCUGUUACCAGAUUCACUGAAUGAUUAUUUCUAAUUUGUAAAUCAGAUACCAGAUUCGAGAACUUCUUGACACAUUUGCUUCGGAAAAUAAAUUCUAUUUUAAUUAUUGUUGAUUUAAUGCAUGUUUAUUGAA